AUGGACCCAUCCAGUAUCCUCGCCGUCCGAACCGCCCACCGCAAAGCACACACCUGGCAAGAUAGAGCAGCUCUCGGAACCGUGCGCCUCCUACGCUGGGGUAUGGAUCUCGUCUCCGGGUAUCACACACGACCAACAAACACAAACACCAUCUCCAAGUCCCACCUCAUGACCGAGGAGAAAUGGAUCACGAGAUUCGUCUUUCUGGAAAGCGUAGCCGGCGUUCCAGGAAUGGUAGCAGGCAUGCUCCGACAUCUCAAAAGCAUCCGGCGAAUGAGGCGAGACAACGGAUGGAUAGAAACCCUCCUCGAAGAAGCGUACAACGAACGAAUGCAUCUCCUAACCUUCCUCAAGCUCGCCGAGCCAGGCCCAACAAUGCGAUUCAUGGUCCUGGGCGCGCAGUGGGUAUUCUUCAGCGGAUUCUCCCUUGCAUAUCUGAUCUCGCCUCAGAUUUGUCAUCGUUUUGUGGGAUAUCUAGAAGAAGAAGCUGUGAUCACAUACUCGAAGGCAAUUCUUGACCUCGAGAAUGGGUAUCUGCCUGGAUGGGAGGGCUUGCAGGCUCCCGAGAUGGCAAUUAAGUACUGGCAGAUGCCAGAGGGGCAACGAUGUAUGCAUUCACUGCUGCUGUAUGUUCGUGCUGAUGAGGCGAAACAUCGUGAUGUCAAUCAUGCUUUGGGGAAUUUGGAUCAGAAUACGGAUCCGAAUCCUUUUGCGGCGGGGGUUAGGGUUCAAGUUCAAUCUGUUGCGAGUCCGACUGGUAGAUUACGCCAGCUGGAGGGUAAUAGUCGGAAGGAAACUUGA